AUGCCGUCCACGCUCACCCUCCUCCUGACAAUCCUCCCCCUCCUAGCAACCAGCAACCCCCUCCCCGGCCGCCCGACAGGCCGCGACCCGCAGCCUCGCAUCCUCAACGACAGCACGUCCGUCGGCUGCCUGGCCUCGUCGUGGACGCCGCCCAAGUGGACCAUCAGCGACUUUGUCUACCGCGGGAGCUGGACGUACAGUACCCCGGCGCACCAGAACGCGUGGGGAUCGGUCGACUUCAACCUGGCGACCGAGGCGCUCGCCCCGUCCGUUUCAAAGUGCUCCGCCACCAGCUCGCGCCUCACCGACUUUUUCUACGGCGACCAGACGUACCGGUGCGACCUGCCCACGGGGGCAAUUGCGGGCGGCGGCACAGGUGGGGAGGCCACGUUUGAGUUCAACCGGGCUGCGAAUUGGUUGAGGGUCAAUCAGACUUGGACUUGCCAUGAGGCCGAGGAUGGAUGGCCUGUAACCUUUUCUGUUUUUGGCUUCAUCAACCUUACGCUCGACUGCACCCAGGACUUUUACCAGAACCCGAACUGGACCAUGGGCAGCGGCCUCCCCUAUUCGGAUCGCAAGGUCGAGUGCAAGUCAGCCAACAUUGUGCACUCUCCUGAUGAGAUGACUGCGAUUGCAUGA